AUGCAGCGCAAGACUCGCCCCGUGGAGUUGAUUGAGCCGUAUCCCCCGGAAAGCCACCUGUGGGAACGACCGGACCCUCUAGCACAGACCCGGCCCGGCCCCCCACUGGGGGUUUCUGGUACGCGUGACCCAUGGAGAUGCCCACGGCAGCCCCGGGCACGGGAAGGGACCCACGAGCCACCCAGCUGCGCCGCCCCACGCCCUGCAGAGAGGGGGAGUCAAGAAACACUGCUGGGAGGGCGAGGAGCCUCCAGACCACCGGCGGGAGGGGGCCUGGCUUGGCCCAGCCUGAGGAAAGUCCAGCGGCUCCCCAAUAAAGCGAUGGGGGGCUCCCCCCCCCAGCCCGAUGCUCCUCCUGGCGCAGCCUCAGGGCCGAGGGGGAGCACAGCACUGCCUUCCCCCGGGCUACUGCAAGCAAGAGGCGCGGCUGCGUUGCCCCCCUGGCCGGACUGCCUCGGGGGCCGCCUAGCCAGGACUUCCAAGAGAGAGCGUGGAUCAAAGACUUCCGUGCCGGGCGCGGCCUGGCUGCCAAGAGGGGGAGCCGACGGACGGACGCGCGCGCUCCCGCCCCGCCGCCGCCGCCCGGGCCUUCCUUCCGGGCCAGCCAGGCGCGUCAGCCUGCGGAACCGCACCGGGCUCCUCGACGGCGUGGGCAAGCGGCCAGGCGCGCAGGGCGAGGCGAAAGGCCGGCGCCAGGAGGCGGAGCGGCGAAGGGCAGGAAGCGGCGCCUCCCAGCCCUGGGCCGCCAUGCAGCGCGCAAAGCCCCGCGCGGGGCUGGCGCCGGCCUCGGUAUCUACAGCAGCAACAGCAGCAGCAGCAACCGCGGCCCCGGACGAGCAGGCGGCGGCGGGAGGCGGCCGGCCCAUGGAAGGGGAGCCGGGUCCAGAGGGCCCCCCGGCCCAGCAGGGCUCCCCACCGGCAGAAAGGCCCUUCCUGUUCCCCGCCUGGGAAGAGAGCUCGGGGGACGAGAACGCCCUGGUCAUCCACAGCCAGGUGGAGGAAGAGGAGCACAAGUGCCUGGUGUGCGGGGAGAGCUUCCGCCAGCCGCUGGGCCUCCUGCGGCACCAGAAGCAGCAGCACCCCGGCGAGCGGGCCUUCCUCUGCCCGGAGUGCGGCCGGGGGUUCAGCCUCAAGCACAACCUCAUCAUCCACCAGCGCAUCCACACCGGCGAGAAGCCCUUCGGCUGCGGCGUCUGCGGGAAGCGCUUCAGCCUCAAGCAGAACCUGCUGACGCACCAACGGGUCCACGCCACGGCCACCCCAGCCCCCACAGCGGAGAAGCCCUUUCCCUGCGCCGUCUGUGGGAAGAGCUUCCGGGAGCAGCGGCUUCUCCUGGCCCACCAGAAAGGGGACUGUGGGGGGGCUGCCGAGGAGAAGCAGGAGACCAGCGCGGUCCCUUCGCGGACGACACACGGCAGGGAGAGGCCCCGCUCGGAAAGCGACUGCGCGGAGACCUUCCUGCAGAGGCCGUUCCGGGUCAAGCACCCAGAGAAGCCCCACCGGAAUGGGGCGGCUUUUGCGGGCCGGGAGUGUGGGGAAGACCUCGGCUGCAAGGGCGGCCACCAGCGAAUCCUCCAGGGGGGCCGGCCGGGGCAGCGCGAGGAGGGCAGGAGGCGCUUUGGCCAGAAGGAGGGGGCCGACGCUCCUUUCCACUGUCUGACGUGUGGGAAGUCUUUUGCCCAGAAGGGCAGCCUGGCCACGCACCGGAGGAGCCACCCGGGAGAGGAGAUGCUCAGCUGAGCGGGACUGGAUGCGCUGCGGAAGCGGUUGCUGGGGGAAGAGCCUCCUUCUGCUGCAGGCCAAAGGCCUCUGGGGACGGGGAGCGCCAGGCGGCUCUGCGGGAGGGGGGGGCAUCCUGGGUGUAUACUUGAAGA